AUGAAGGAUGAUGAUGCGCUACCCAUAUCAACACCCACUUCAUCAUCAGUUGUACCGUCUUCUUCAGUUAUUUCGAAGAAGGAUAAUUACUCUGAUUCAUCGAGCGUUUUUGGCCGAGGCCGGUACAAGUUUUGGGCAUUGGCCGCAAUUUUGUUGCUGGCAUUCUGGUCAAUGCUCACCGGAACCGUCACCCUCCGGUGGUCUGCUGGUAACCUCAAUCGCCUGUCCGACAACCUUGAGCCCCCAGCCAGAGACGACCUCGAUGUCCUCGAUAUGGAGGAGAGAGAGAAAUUGGUGAAGCACAUGUGGGACGUGUACACAAAUAGCAGGCGAAUCAGGUUGCCGAGUUUCUGGCAAGAGGCAUUUGUGGCGGCCUAUGAGGACUUGACCAGCGAGGUUCCUGAAGUCCGGGAGGCUGCCAUUUCGGAGAUUGCCGGGAUGUCCACUCGCUACCUCGGUGUCGAGCCACCUCCACUCCGAUCUUCGACAUCAUUGAUCAUACGUGAGUUGAGUCUGAAGCAAGCAGAGCACAGGGCAAUAACCUCGGGAGGGAGCUUGAAUUAG